UAAACUUUUAAACAAAUUAAAAUAUUUUUAGGGAUAGGGAUAAAUAAUUAGUAGGUAUAAUAGUUAAUUAGUUAUUCAAUUCAACGCUUUCAGUUUACACAACUGAAAGCGUUGAAAGUCAUAAACAUUUUUACAGCAAGUACCUAUUUUAAUUUCAUUAUAAACAUGUCCCGAAACAAACCAAAAACAUCUUUCAAGAAAGAAAAGGAAAAACAAAAUAAAUUGAUAGAUAUUAAAACAGAAGUUAGUGAUAAUGUUGAGGAUAAACCUGACAGCAAUCGAUUCAGCUUAGACAAGUUCAAAUUUGAAAAGAAGCCCAUAAAAAUUGAGUUUGAAUUAGAUCGUAAGGAUACCCAGACCCAGCAGGGUCUUUGGGAGCCUCCUAAUUGGAAAGAUUUCUUGGUGAAUUUGAGAAUAAUGAGAGCAAACAAUGAUGCUCCAGUGGACUCUAUGGGAUGCCACAUGUCUAUGGACAAUGAGGCUCCACCAAAGGUAAUGAGAUAUCAAAGUCUGAUAUCCCUAAUGCUAUCGAGCCAGACUAAAGAUCAAGUCACAUUUGGUGCUAUGGAACGGCUCCGAGCCAGAGGACUGACUGUUGAUAACAUUUUGAGCAUGACAGAUGAAGACCUUGGCAAACUCAUAUAUCCUGUUGGAUUCUGGAAGACUAAAGUCAAGUACAUAAAGAAGACAACUCAAACACUCAAAGAUCAAUAUGACAGUGAUAUCCCCGAUACAGUUGAAAAGAUGUGCAAACUCACAGGAGUUGGACCCAAAAUGGCACAUAUUUGUAUGAAAGUUGCAUGGAAUAAAGUGACAGGAAUCGGUGUGGACACACACGUCCAUAGAAUAAGCAACAGGAUUGGUUGGGUUAAGAAACCUACACCCACGCCGGAAGACACAAGAAAGAGUUUGGAAUCAUGGCUUCCUUUUGAAUUAUGGAGUGAAGUCAAUCACCUAAUGGUAGGCUUCGGGCAGACCAUCUGUCUGCCAGUAGGACCCAUGUGUCACGAGUGUUUAAACAGAGAUAUUUGUCCAUCUAGUGGUCUUGGACGAAAAUCACCCCACAAAAAAUCUCCAAGCAAAACACCCAUAAAAAUUAAAGAGGAAAAAGAAAAUGAUGUAAAAAUUGUAAAGCUAGAUUUAGAAAAGAUUUCCAAGCAAAAAAGUCCAAAAAUAAAGAAUGUAAAACAACAGGAAAAUGAUGAGAAGCAAAGUAAAGAAAAUCAAGAAACCAUAAUUGGUAGGACAGAAAAGAAGACAAGUACAAAAUGUAAAAUUAUUGUUACCGAUGUUGAUGUAAGUGAAGACACCAAAAGCUUUCCAGACAAAAGUGACAGUCGAGUAUUAGAUUCUGGAAAUGUUUCCAGUUCUGAAGAAUUUGUAGAAAAGCCAUUACCAGCCAAGAGAAAAUCACCAAGGGUAAAAACCCAAACAGCUGAAAAAAAUGAUACAAAGAAAUCAAAGAAAAAGAAGUGAGGUUUACUAUUAAGUUUUUAAAAAAAAUAUUUUUAUCAUUUUUAAGUUUCCUUUAU